AUGCCCAAAUCUGACGACACCAAUACUGCCAUUGACGAUCCUACUGAUGAUAAUAACGACACACCUUCAUCCAAAAACGAUGCCUCCAAAUCUACCGAUAAAAAUGACACCAAAACAUCGGAUAAUGGCAGUGAUGGAUCCACAUCAAGCGGUGAACAGGCCAUGACUACUUCAAAGGAAGCCAAGACGUCUACCACCGAAGCUGCUGCUACUACAACAACAAGAAAGAAGGAAUCCACUACUACUGCCACAUCCGAUCGUCCUUCAACUACCGCUCAGACCACCACUGAUAGAGAUCAAACCGCGACAACGAUCGAGUCGAGUAGUACAACAAAGCAGGUGCAACCAACGACCACAGAACCAGAAUCUACCACUAAUAGAUCUACCGAACCAGCAACUACAUCUGAUGAACCUACAAAGACCACACAAAGGGAAUCUAGUAGUCGAGUUGAAACAACAUCCAGUCGAGAUACACCUACCACAACAACGGAAGUUCCCACCACAUCUCAGGAGGAACAGACGAGCAGCUCCACCAUUGAGCCAACUACAUCUCGCCAACCAGCAACAUCUACACAGCGUACCACUUCUGCUGAUCCCACUACAUCUGAACAGAGAAGCGAGACCUCUUCAACCACAGCAUCUACAUCGAGUGAGCCUACGAUGACCACUGAAAGGUCUAGCAGCGCAACAGCAGCUGCUGAAUCCUCAACAGUUCCCGCGGCUACCACAUCUGACACCAGCAUGUCUGCAACCACUUUUUCAACUGAAUCCCCACAGUCCACGACAGCAAUGGCUUCAAGUGAUACAUCGUCUACGGCUAUUGGAACGACGACAGAUAAAGAGAGCUCAAUAGUAGCACCCACCACGACCAGCACCACAGAUGCUAGUGCUUCUGCCACAACAAAAGAGCUUACAUCUAGUAGUAGUCAAGUGCUACCUGUUCCUACUACCACAUCCAACAUGGAAAGCAAUACUGCAACAACUACUCAAAGCACAGCUCCAUCUGUCACUGAAAGCAGCACUCCAUCAGCUAGUGAAAGCGUCGUAUCCACAACAGAGAGCGGUACUGCAUCUACCACGGACACUGGUACUGUCAUUUCCACAACAGAGAGUAGUACUAUGCCAACUAGUGAUAGCGCUAUCGUAUCGACUACUGAUAGUGCAGCUACAUUCACUACCAGCAGCACCACCAGUGCCCCUACUGGUAAUAGUGCCGUUACAUCAACUACAGACAGUGCUGCUCCUUCAACUACUGAAAGUAGCAUUGCAUCUAUAUCAGACAGCAUCAUUGCUUCCACAACAAGCAGCUUACCUCCUUCAGCCACUGAUAGCAUAGUCGCAACAACAACACAAAGCAUCGCUCCAUCGAGUACAGACAGUGCAGCGAUAUCAAGCGCUGAAAGUAGCAUUGCCACCACUACUGAAACGGCUACUCUUUCUGCGACAGAUAGUACAAUGGCUCCCUCUACCACAUAUUCAAGCACUGUGAUUGCACCUACUGGUUCAAAUACUGUUUCCGCAUCAUCCGCUACAUCUUCAAAUCCUGUCAGUACAAGUAAUACAGCAGUAGCAACUUCAACAACAGUGAUACAGCCAGAAUCCAGUGCUGUGGCCACUCUUCCGCCAACUUCAUCCACUGAAUUUCUAUCGUCUGCUACUGCUGUUUCGAGUGAUAGCGUCAUGACAGAGAUCUCUUCCUCUCUCGUUGCCACUUCAGCCAACCCAUCAGUUACAAUGACUGCAUCAGAUACAGCAUCGACAAGCUCCAUGUUGGUGGUAACGUCCUCAUCAGAUCCUCUUUCUUCCAUCCUGUCUACUUCUACAUUCGACGCAAACACAUUGAGUGCUAUAUCCACCGACUCUUCCUUUGUGUUGCCUAGUAUCACUAAAAGUGCUUUGGUUGCCUCAGUAACAUCUUCAUCUACAUUCGAUGCAUCCAACGUAUUGCCUUUCUCUACAUUGUCUGAUUCAUUGUCGCUAUUACCAUCGUCUACAACAGACUUAUCUUCCUUGGCCAGUGUCACUACAUCCUCAUCUAUCCUUUCAUCAGCAAUAGCUAGUAGCAGUAGCUUAAUCCCACUCGCCUCUAGUAUGGCGCCCACAUCAACCAGCGUAAUGCCUAGUUUCACAUCAAGUAGCUCCGUAUUCUCCUCUGCGAUGCUGGCACCUAGAUCUUCAAUGAUAAUGGUAACAGCAACCACUGAAAUUCCAACAGAGACAGAAAUUGUUGUCGAUGGUAUGACCAUUACAGUUACUACCGUCAUUCCUACAACCACCUUAAUCCCAUCAUUAGCAGCCGAUACAUCGGAUAUCUCGUCAAAUAACAGUGGCCAUGCUUCUGGUGGCACCAUUGCUGGUGCUGUUGUUGGAUCUGUGGCAGGUGCUGCGUUGGUCGUUGGUGCUGCUUUAUUUGCUCGCAAGAGAUACAAGCGUGGUGUGCAAAUGCGUCAGCAGCAAAAUGAGUUGGAUAACGAAGACUUUUAUGCGGAUCCAUAUCAACAAAAUGGAGAAUGGAAUCAGCAAUUCGUCGCUGGUGGUGGAGGUGGAGGUGGAUAUCGAGAUUAUCCUGAUGAAGGAGGUGUAUCUGCUGCUGGUGAUGCUGCUGCCUCUCGAGGAACUGCCCCGCCCCUUCCUCGACAUCAAAACACAUACACUGCUGGUCCAGGUCCACAAUUGGAGUCCAUGUCGGAUGAAUACGAUGAAUAUGGUCAUCCUAGCAGAGAGUCGUUCUGGACAUCACUUUCUGAAAGAUUUAGAUCCUUACGUCGCUAA